GUUAUUUCUCGUGCAGGAUGCAAUUAAAGAUUAGCUUAAUUGCGAAAUUAUGAUUUGAGAAGGAAAGGAUCAUGAGCUGAAGAUUCAUUGUGUUUUGGUGACACUCCUUGCUGAGAGUAGUCUUGGUAGUUGAUUAAAAGGCAGAUAAUUCCAGCUGUUGGUAAAUCAGGAACUGAUGGGUAUACAGUUAGGCUUAAUGGGAUACAACCUAUUGGAUACUUUUGUAUUGGUUCUAUCUCUCACCGCUUUGUUAAAUUAAAGCUGUUUCAAUUUUUAUUAAAAGUGAAAGUAACUAAAACUUUGCGUUGAACACUGUGAGAACAGAUAUUCAUCUAGUAUAGAUCAUAAGAAAUAAAUUACGUUUACAAUAUGGGUGUACGUGGCUUAUCGACAUUCAUAGAUGAUAAUAAGAAUAUUUUUCUGAGUGAUCACAAACUGCAUGAUACUAAGGUGAUCAUUGAUGGCUCCAAUCUUUUUCACUUCCUAUACUACCAUUACAAGAUUUCACACCAGUUUGGAGGGGAUUAUGAUCACUUUGCCAGGAAAUGUAAACGUUUCUUCAACAUUCUAAAGGAGUGUAAUAUUACGCCGUAUGUAGUUUUUGAUGGGGGAUAUGAUCCAGAUGAUAGAAAAUUGCCAGAAGUUUUAGAUCGUAUGAAUGACCGACGAAAGAAAGUUGGCUUGAUUUGUGCUAAAGGUCGUGGAUGUGUCUUGCCAAUUCUUACGUAUGAAACUUUCCGUCAGGUGCUUUUAGAGUUACAAAUAGCACACGCCUCUUGUGUGUUCGAGGCUGAUAGAGAAAUUGCAGUACUUGCCAAAAGAUGGAACUGUCCUGUUUUGAGUAACGACAGUGAUUUCUACAUAUAUAGACUAGAAGGAGGAUUUGUACCAUUAGACUAUAUCAAUAUGACAUUAUGUUUGUAUAACACUAAAACAGAAGUUGCAUCAGUUUUGGAUAGAAAUAAGUCUGCUGGAGAAAAUGAAUUUGUGUACAUACCUGUUAAGUAUUACAACUGUGAGCGUUUAUUGAAACAGUUUAAGAAGGAUGAUGAUGACUAUGUUCUGCCAAUGUUAGCAACUGUAGUAGGGAAUGAUUACGUUGAUAAUUCAGUAUUAUACAGCUUUAAUUACGCUCUCCGAGCUCCAAAAAAUCCAAGCAAAAAGUCAUUUAGCCUAAAGACCAGCGGUAGAAUGGAGGCUGUUUUGCACUGGAUAGACACAACAGAUGGUGAAACAGAAGCUUUUGAGCAGAUUUUAGCAAGCAUAACUGUAGAGAAGAGAGAUAAAGUCAGAGAAAUACUGGCAGCAGCUAUCAAAGAGUACAAGGAUAUUGAGAACUUUGCUUCAUUUGAUUUAGAAAAUAUUCUCCAUACCCAUCAAAAUGGCAAAAUUGUUCAUGAAGAGGAUUGUGAAAUAAAUGAAAAAGAGGAUGUUAGUGUUUCAGAACUGACUGAUUACAAUGGUAGGAAGUUACCUGCUUGGUUCGUGAAACGACUGAGAAACUGUGAACUGAAUGGUUCAUUCUUACAAAAUGUGUCCAUAAAUCAUAGAGUUAUUUUAAACUGCCAGGUAGAAAUUCUCAGGGAAACAUCUUCGUAUGCAUGCUCCAGAAGAUUACGCAGUUUUAUCUAUGGAAUAGUUCUAAGUCCGCUCAAAAGUGAUGACACUGAGAAGAUGAACCGUGAUAGUAGCAUAGUGGAAUAUGAUAGACAGGGCAAAGACACAAAGAAAUUUCAUGUUAGUCCAGAAAACAGUGUAUCAAAUGUAUUGGAAAUUCCAACUCUAGAGAAAAUGCCUUCUCUUUCAAAGGUAGAGAGACAGAAACUGCUACAUGCUGCUUGUAAUGUUAGUCCAGUCUGUUUAGAUGAUAAGGUGGAUGAAGCAUCACAGUCAUUUAUCUUUGUAUUAAGCACAUGGGUAAAGUUCGCUCAACCAAAAGUCACAGAAAGCCAUUUAAGCGCAUUGAUCAUUGGUGUCAUAGCAUUGCAUAUGAAAGAAUUAGAUUGGCUGGACAUGAAAAAAGCACUGGGUUUUAAACCUUAUGAGCCAGAAUUAUUUCCAGAUAUUGUCAAGGCAUGUAGGGCAAUGCCUGAAAGAAAAGCAGAAUUCUUCAAGAAGCACACAGAGAAGCAUUUCAGUCGUCCUGAACACUCUGCAAAAAUUCCUCGUGAUAAUAAAGUGGUACAUGGAUUUGCGCAGUUUCAGACAUGUUUUCUUGAUACACAUUACCUGAAUCAAGUUCUGCUGAACCCAGUAUGCAUGCCAAGUCCAAGCAUGAUACUCAACUGUACGUUUUCAUACAAUCUGUGCCGAGACCUAGAAAGUCGCCUUCAUGAGGAACUUUAUUGCGCAGAUAUACUUGGUAGGGGUUCUUCCCUCCACACUUUGUUCUUGUCAUGGAAGCAAGCAGUGAUUGAUCUGUGUAAGGAGAGCUGUUUUGAAGAUAGUGGGGCAGGUAUUAAAAAGAAGAAUAAGUCGAAGUCAAAAGUGAAGAAAACUGUCAAAGACAGAGGGGUGGAAAAGAAAGAUGAGUGUAUCGUCUCGGAUGGGGAAGAAUGUGAAAUGGUGAAAUUGAACUGUGAUGUUAGCAACAAGUUUUCCCUCCUUCAUCUGGGGGAUUCAACUUGAAUGAAGAGUCAUGGGUAGUGAGAGACAGUAACAGGUUAAUUAUUGACCACCCUGCAUAGGUAUUUCCAACAUAUUUUGGUAGAGUGAUUUUUGCAAGGUGUAGUAAGUUGUGAAGUUCAAUGGUAUUUAGUGAAUUAAGGAUACAGUGAAAUCAUUUAACCUUUACCCUUCUGAAUUUCUAUUAACGACUGGUCCAUCAUUCAGUUUGGGCUUUACCUCAUAUUAUUCAAAGGGGUGUUCACUGAAAAUUUACUGAUUGAAUAGCAGAGUGUAGAUCAGUAGGAUGAUCUUUGUCUACACUGGUUGCAAAGGCAGAAUCACUUUUUGCCAGCAGGCUAAAGGUUUGGUGGGUACAAAAUUUUGUGGUUUUGCCUCUUUGCUGAGAUAUGAACUUAUGGAUUUCCAUUUACUAAGAUAAAAGAAUGAGAACUUUGCUUGCUCACUGAGUUAUAAUUCCAUGGGAUGAUCACGAUCAUCAAAUAAAAAAAAAAUGAAAUACCUAUAAAUGCAAUACCGGUAAAUGAUUUCUCAGUAAUUUUGUUACCAUGGCUGUGCAGGACCUCAUGAUAAUGUCAUAUGAGCAGAGCAGAUGCAGUGUCAUCAUAGCCCCCAUCCUUUCCUUCAAAAUUUUUUUUUGAUUGUUUCUUCUUUACCUCAGAUGAGCAAUCCAGGGUCAUGGUAACCCUCUUGUUAUUGUUUUUGAAUUAUAAAAAAAAAUAUUAUGCUUCAAACAUUCUGUAGUAAAAUUGCAGAGGCAGCAGUAUCAUGAGUGUCCUUGCUGCAUUGCAUAAAUUAAACUUUGUCAGAAUGUUUGUUUUCAUGAAAUCUUGGACAAGUUUGAAUGUAGGUCAUGUUGGGUAAAAAAUUAGCUCACUAGGUCAAAUCAAAGAAAAUGCUUGUGUACACUAAGAGGCCACAAUUUUUGUCCAAUUGUCGCACUUCCACCUCGAUUACUAUUCACUUUAAAAGUUAAUAAGCAACACUUGUUUUAUAAUAGUUUAUAAUAUUUAUGAAAGUCUUUUAGAUUCUUAUGUCCUUUCUCUCUUGACUUAUAAAGUAAAUGAAUAUUUCUGAAAUUUAGAUCUAGAGCCAAAAAAAUUAAUUUAAGAACAUAUUUUUUCAAAAAUGAGUUAGCCAGUUGGUUACCUAGGCCAAACUGAAGAAUGGGU